AUUAACCUUCUUCUAUUCUCUCUCUCGUUCUUAUUUUUUUCAAUUCGUUAACAUCAAAAACUUGAUCAAAUCUUUCUCUCAGCCGUCUCUAUUUUGUACUUUCGAAUCUGCAAAAUAAUGACGACAAUGAUUAUGAUAAGAAUAAUGAAGAAUUGUUUAACAUAAAGGUUCGAUUGAUCGAAGCCAGAUAGUAUCUAAGUAAAAUUAUAAGAAAUAAAAACACAAAUAAAAAGAAAGAAGAGGAUAGUUACGUCAGUGUGCCGUGGUAAUAUUGCAGACUGUUUUGGCACGAGUCCAGGCAAUUGGAGAUACAUCAUAACCUAAAAAAGAGAAAAAAAAGGAAUAGAUAUAUGGAGAAUAAGGAUAUAUGGAGUAAUGGUUUAGAAAAAUGAUUACUUUUCUUCGUUUUUAGAAAAAUCCAGAAAUCUAAAACUUUGUUAAUCAUCACAGAUUAAAAUUUAAAAAGAAAAUAAACAAAUAUGACUGAAGGAGGUAGCAAAAGAUCAAGAAGAAGAUACUACGGAAGAUAUACAAAACUAUUUAAACUCUCAUGUUUUUAUCGAUCCUAAAAAAAAGAUAAAAACAAAAAUAAAUAAAUAAAUAAAAGAAGGGUGUUAGACGUUUUUAUAAAAAAGAGAACCUCGAACUGAGCUCGAGCAACCGACGAAAGUCAGUCGCUCAUAGCUACAGAGAGGUUCGAUGAGAACCAAUCAAGAUUUGGUGCAUACCGAGUGUACGUGAAAAAAUCCUUGGCCACGACGUCCUCCGUGGUAUCGUCGGUGGCCCGCCGAAGAGGUCAUCCUCGGCAGCUACAAUAACGGCUACCACGGUGACGUCGGCCUCAGGGAUAAUGUUACGUUCACCUGCUCGAGUUGUACUCCAUCAGGAGGGAAACAACGUAACUUCAGGUGUAUCGUCGUCCUCAUCGACGAUGUCAGCACCUGCAACUCCUGUUCAUCAUGGUGGCGGAGGUGGAGGUAGUAGUACAACUACUACUACUACUACUACUACUCCAGCAAGCUCAUCGUCACGACUCUCCCUUCUCGACACCUGUCACAGGAAAAUCAGGCUCUUCGGCGAGCUCGUCGCAAAAGCCCGACGAAAGGAGAAAGAUGCGGGAACUACAGAGGAUCCUAAACUCUAUUUGGAGGAGGCAACUUUAGAAAGACAGCUGCCCGAGUUAGACUUAAGGAUGCUAGUUGAUUUGCCACCUGGUUUGGAUUAUAACGAGUGGCUAGCAUCGCAUACCCUCGCAUUGUUCGAUCAUAUUAAUCUCGUUUAUGGUACUAUAUCUGAGUUUUGCACUAUGACCGGUUGCCCGGAUAUGACUGGUCCUGGUCUGAGGACAUAUUUAUGGUUUGACGAGAAGGGUAAGAAAACGAGGGUGGCAGCGCCACAGUAUAUAGAUUAUGUUAUGACAUUCACACAACGCACCGUUAGCGAUGAAACUAUAUUUCCUACUAAAUAUGCAAAUGAAUUUCCAAGUUCAUUCGAAUCAAUAGUGCGUAAGAUCCUGCGGCUACUGUACCAUGUGGUGGCACACAUUUACCACUGCCACUUCCGAGAGGUGGCACUCUUGGGGUUGCACGCUCACCUCAAUUGUGUAUUUGCUCACCUCACUCUCCUUAAUCAACGCUUCAAUCUUAUUGAUCCCAAGGAAACGGAAAUCCUAGGAGACUUAGAGGCUGCUCUCUUGGGUGACUCAUCAUCCACGCCUUCGCAAACUUUAGCCAUCCAGGAGACUCCGACCACAACCAGCUAGAUCACAAUGCACAGCAUGCCAGAGGUUGCAGUUCCUGAGAGUAGGUGACGAUAGGCGUUUGUUUGGUUUCUUAAAGAUAGAAUAUACGUGAAAGAAAGUUAACAAGAAAAAAAAAAAUACACUUAUUACACAAACGCAUAUAUACAUACACAGAUAUACACAGAAAAGAUGGAACGAUUCUGUAAAAAACCAAGUAGUACCUGUAAAUAGCGAAGUGUGAGAAUUACAGCUGCAAUGAUGUAAUUAGGUUCCUCCGUUUGUUGUUUGUGAGAUUGUACAUAAUUUAUUAAUAACGAUAAGAUAUAUAUGAGAAGGAAGAAGAGACGAAGAAGAUGAUAAAUUCAUUAAUUAUUAUAUUGAUGAAAAUUAGUUGAUGAGAUAUAAGAGAGAUCAUUUGUUUCAUAAAAAAAUAAAUGAACCAAUAAGAAUAUUGUAAAGUUGAAGAGAGUAAUACCAAAUAUAUACCUGGUGUUAAGGCAAUAUCCUGUUAUUUUCAUGUUGAAACGAUCAUCGUACCAGUUGAUCGACUUGUUAUAAAUCCUUGGCCGUAAUAAAAUUCUUCCAAAUUA